AUGAAGGGCAACGUGGUGAAGCGCCGCCAGUGGCUCAACCUCUCCCUGCGCUCCUACCGCCACGCCUUCUCCUGGGUCGCCGUCGCCCUCGCCAUGCCCGAGCGCGAGCUCAUCGCCCAUGCCGGGCUGGACAACGUGGUCUUCCUGCACACGCUCAAGCUGGGGUGCGUGCGUGUGGGUGGUACACGCUCAAGCUGGGGUGCGUGCGUGUGGGUGGUACACGCUCAAGCUGGGGUGCGUGCGUGUGGGUGGCACACGCUCAAGCUGGGGUGCGUGCGUGUGGGUGGCACACGCUCAAGCUGGGGUGCGUGCGUGUGGGUGGCACACGCUCAAGCUGGGGUGCGUGCACCCUUGGUUCUCGUUUCCCCCGACAUGUCUCCUUGCUUCGUCCUUCAUCUCUCGUGCCUCUCACUUUGUUUCAUCCUCCCUUCUGCACCCGGCCCACCCCUCCUCCUCUCUCCCCCUCCCUUCUCCCCUCCCUCCUGGGACGGCAGCACCAGCUUCAAGAUUUUUGGGCCAAUCCUGAUAGUGGCGGCGGCCGUGCUCAUGCCCGUGAACUACCUGGGCGGGUGGCUGCAGCAGCAGGCGCAGAGCGACCCCGACCUCUACUACAGCGCUGUGGACCAGCUCUCCAUCGCCAACAUCCCCAACCAGUCCUCGCUGCUGUGGGUGCACGUGGCGAUGGCGUGGCUGUUCAACGCGUGGGCGCUCUACAUGAUGCGUGUCGAGCACCGCACCGUCGCUGACAUGCGCCUCGACUUCCUUGCCGAUCAGCAGAGGGCGCCCAACCAGUUCACUGUGUUGGUGCGGCAGGUGCCGAAGCACCCAAUCAAGACCGUGCCGGAGCAUGUGGACCACUUCUUCUCCGUCAACCACCGCGGCCACUACCUGCUCACCCAGCCAGUGUACAACGCGAACCGGGUGGCGCGGCUGGAGAAGAGGCGCGGCAAGCUGGAGAACAAGCUCACGGAGCUGCACAUCAAGCUCGAACGCUUCCCCAAUAAGCCGCUCACCGUCCGGAUGGGGUUCAUGGGGCUGGUGGGGGAGAAGGUGGAUGCGGUGCAGCACUACCAGGACAAGCUCGAAGAGAUAUGUGACGAGAUCAUAGCGGAGCGGGAGCGCGUGAUCAGCGACCCAGCCAGCACCAUGCCAGCGGCCUUCGUCUCCUUCUCCUCGCGCUGGGGCGCAGCCGUCGCCGCUCAAACCCUGCAAUCAAAGAACAGCUCGCACUGGAUCACACACUGGGCGCCGGAGCAGCGCGACGUCAAGUGGAGCAACCUGCCCAUCCCCUACGAGCAGCUGGCUGUGCGCCGCGUGCUCGUGCUGCUGGCGGCGGCGUCGGUCGUCUUCUUCUACACCAUCCCAGUGGGCUUCGUGCAGUCGCUGGCGAAUCUGGACAACAUCAGCCGCUACAUGCCGUGGCUGCAGCCCAUCCUCAGCAUCCCCGUGGUGAACGCACUCAUCACUGACAUCCUCUCGGGCCUCGCCCUCAAGCUCUUCAUGGCGAUACUGCCCUAUCUCCUCAUCUUCCUGGCGUCCCUGGAGGGCCACGUGAGCCUGUCACAGAUCGACCUGGCGGCCACCGGCAAGUACUUCUGGUUCAUCAUCGGCACCGUCUUCGUCACCAACGUCAUGGGGGGCGCGCUCAUGUCCGCUACCUACGACCUUUCCGAGCACACCACUAGCAUACCGCAGAUCCUGGGGGCGCGCAUCCCCAUGAAGGCCACGUUCUUCAUGACCUUCACCAUGGUGGACGGGUGGGUGGGCAUGGGGGGAGAGGCGCUGCAGGUCUGGUACCUGCUGCUCUUCCAACUCAAGAGUUCGCUGCUGGUGCGCACGCCAGCCGACAGGAUAAAGGCCAUGAAGGCACGCCCCCUCCGACUCGUCGACACGCUCUCGCAGGUGGAGCUCUACUUCCUGCUGCCCUUCGUCUACUGUGUCACCAACCCGCUCUACCUGCCCUUCGCCCUCGCAUUCUACAUCCUCGCCUUCGUCAUUUACCGCAACCAGAUAAUCAACGUGUACUGUCCACGGUACGAGAUGGCGGGGGCGUUCUGGCCACACUUCCACGCGCGGCUGGUGGCGGCCAUGCUGGUGCAGCAGGUGACACUGGGCGGCAUCCUCUCGCUCAAGGACGCGCCCACGCAGGCGUGCUGCCUCAUCCCGCUGCCGUUUGUCACCAUCAUCGUGCACUGGGCGUUCAUCCGCGGCCAGUUCCACAGCACCUUCUCCAAGCUCGCCCUCGAGGAGGCGAAUCGCAAGGACACAAUAGACCGCACUGUGCACCCCAACGAGGACCCGCACUCCUUCCUCGCACGCGCCUACCUGCAUCCCUCGCUGCAGUCCGCCUUCACCAUGCUGGAUGGCGAUGAGGAGGAGGGUGGUGCAGGUGGUGACAACUCCUCUUCCUCCUCCGAUGAUGAUGAUAAGGACGGGGAUGAAGAGGGUGGCGGGAAGAAGUCAAAGCAUGCCGACCGGCACGCACAAACUCGUCUUGUGCCGGUGAAGCGGCAUCCAUUUUCCAGCAGUGCGCAGGCCUCUCCUGCUGUGCGAAUGGGUUCGGAUGGGUUGGAAGCGGUGGCGGGCACAAGCCCUCCUGCACACCUCCGUCCCAGGAGUGUGUCGGACGGGCCUGGGAGUUCAGCUUCAGCUGCUGCGGCUGCCGUGUCUGCAGUGACCUCUGCUGCUGCAGCUGCGGCUUCUGCUGCCUUUGCCGCCGCUCGCAGUGCCGCCAGCAGUGGCGCUGCUGCCUUCAGUGCUGCCAGCUCAGGCCGUGUGGCUGCUGAUGCUGACGCCAGCACCCACACACCCCAUGCCAUUCCACCCGCAAGCCGCGACCGGUCCAGUGAAGCCUCGCCGUACCACUCAUGUGAGCUCGUCUCAGUUGUUGUCGACGGCCCCGAGGACGUUUCCCAGAACGUUCCUCUCUCCGCCUCCUCUGCAGCACAUCCUGUGGGUGAUGCGGUGGUGCAAAGGGGAGCAGCAGCAGCCAGUGAGGGGAUGACAGGUGGCAGCAGGGGGGAGAGGAAGCCGUCUCCGCAAACAGCCGGGACAGAGCCGCUCUUGGCAGGCGGGGGUGGGGGUCGGGGUGGGGAGAGCAGUGGGAUCGGAAAGGCGGUUGGCGUGCCCGUGUUUAGAUUAUGA